GUGACGCUUUUAUUCUGAAAAACACGCCCCGGAAGUCCUGUUUUGCAAGGAAGUUGAAAUGCAUCUAAACACAAGUCUUUAAAGCUGGAUCCGUGUUUCAUCAAGGGAAAUACACAAAGCAUGGAUAUCCUUAACAGACUGGAAAUCUACAUCCCAGUGGAAGCUGAGGUGAAAAACAUCCCUCUGUCGAGUUUACCAAACUCAGUGCUUACACGAAUGGGCCUCCCCUCGUCUAACUCUGACUCCAGGACUCUCACAGACUCUCCAGAAGGCAUAUGGAUUUGUCCAGCAGUGGUACGGAGGAAAGUCGAGAAACCGGCCUCCCAUACAGGAAGCGGUGAGAACAUGUCCUCACUGCUGGGCAGGGAGUUUCGGGCUGUUUCGGGUCCCUUCCUAAUGUCCUUCAUCUCCGCCAACCGCACAGCUUACGCGGUGCUGAAGGACACCAUGCCUGGAAAAAGUACUCACACAUCUCACACUUCCCUGUUACCUCAGGGCUUAGCAUCGCGGAAGUACAAAGACGCUGUUGUCAUCUACCGCGGACGCGUUUACCUCUCCACCAGGAAGUCCAAUCAAAGCCGGAGUCAACAAGAGAUGCAUGAAGCACAGGCAACUUCCCAGUCUUCCAUUCCUAAAAGCCGAACAAAGCGCCAGUCUCCCCGGGCUUCUCUUGAACCUGCAGAUAAAGAACUACAAAGGAAGAAAUUGCAUUUCACUUUGCCCCAAACAUCCCCAAAAAAGCUAAAGGAUCUUCUCACAAAAACAGAGAAUCCCUCCACCACAGACCGGGAGCUGCUAAAUGACAAGAAGAAACACACCACAUGUAAAGUAACACACAGUGAAAACAAGAAGGGGAGUGAUGUAUCCUCAUCCACAACUGCACAUUCUGUCCCUCGGUCCACGGACGGUGUGCACAAACUGGACAGCUCUAGUCAUGAGGAUACUGAUGGAGAGCAGGCUGAAGCAGCAGGGAAAGAGACAGCUUGGUUUCAGGCUGGGUGGGAGCAGGAGGGGGUGACUGACAGUGGUGAAUGUGAGACACACCUGGGAGAUGAAGAAUCUGACUGUUUACAAAUUGACAGUGGUGAAGCUGACAACAUUGUUGGUAUUGCAGAGCAGAGUAGCAACCAUAGCUGGAGCAGUAGAGAGUUUCAGAGGGCAGCUUGUGCCUCCACUUCACGACAGGAGCAGUUUGACUUGCUGGCAAAAGAGGAGAAGAUCGCUCAAGUGAAGGCCAAACUCAAGCUGAGUGAAGCUGCUCUUGACAGCCUGAACUCCUGACAGCAACUCUAAUUAAACUCACAUGAGGAGCACUCUGUUCUAUGAAUGUGUUCACAUGCGCAUUAGUGACCUGGUAUAUCCAGAAUAGGAUUAAAAUUCAUGGAAAGUAAUAAAACCAGGAUACUAGUGUACAUGUAAACGUACUACUUUCAUUGUGUCAUCGUGGUGAUCUUUAAUUUUCAAGCCUAAUACAUCAUACCAAUAUUUAUAAUAGUGUUACUAUUAUCUGACUAUCUUGAGAAAUGCUUGUCAUAAUGGGACCAUUAUAUGUAGAUAGUAAUUUUUUCUCUCAACCCCAUUUGUUCCCAUUACUAGUUAUGUGACUUAUCAAAAAUAAAAAGUCACAUAACUAGUAAUGGGAACAUAUGGAACAUAUCUGUUACUGGAGACUCAACCAAGAGACUUUAUGUUCACACAAACCUCAGAUGGGCCUCUCUUCUCAUUUUGUGUAUAAAAAAGUGAUUGGGACUUUCUGAAGUCUGGACCCCUGAUGUAGUGACUCCCUCCCCCUAUACAUUCAACCUGUUGUUGAGUUUGCCUCCAGCAAUUGCCAAUAUCAUUUUGUUUCAAAUGUAUAUCAUAUUAGACACAUAGACACUUUUAGCCAAAUGUUUGUUUGGAAAUUAAAUCUCAUAGGAUAUAUUUCUAUUUCUGCAAAUCUUUGUUUGCAAUAAAGAAGUGUGUGUGCGUGUACAAAGUUGUGUACUUUGUUGUUAUUUAUAGGAGAAUUCAAUAGAUUAUCUCCCAGGUGUCCUGCAUCCAUCUGCUCCUCACAUACAGUGUGAAAUACAUGUGACUGUCUUGAUAGCUUUGACUGAGAUUUGGUUUGUUUGAUACAUCUGGUGGAUUAGCAAUGAGCCACCUCCAGUAGGUUAAUUUAUUUUGGUUUUUCUGCGUAAUUCGAUCAAUUGAAAAUGUGUUUGGAAAUUGUCCAACUAUUUCUGUGACUUUAUGCCAAACAGCUCUUCUCUUGCUCUGAAUUGUUAUUGUACACAUAAAACUAGAAUGAUUUAUAUGAGCGAGGGCUGCUAUAUGUUUUGCAAACCACCAGAUGUAACUGCUUGCUGCGUUUAAAGUA